AUGGAGCGUGACCGAGAGGACGCCGCUCUCCGGGCUCUUGAGCUUGCCGGCAUCUGCCGCGAGACCGUCCGCGUCAUCCGCUCCAGCCGUCCGGGCUUCUCCUUCAUGGUCAGCAUGGUGAUCACGCUCUCCGUGUCCUUGCUCGCCCACGUCGCCAUCGCUCGCGCCCUCUAUAGGCUCCUCUCCGACGGUGUCGCCUCCUCCGACGCUGGCGCCGGCCUCGUCCGUUUCGCCACGAACUGGGAACUCUUCUUCCUCGAUGAGGCGGCCUGCCUCCUCGCCAUCCUCGUCCAGUCGCUCGGCUCCGCCGCCUUCUGCAUCUUCUCCGUCGCCCCGCGCUAUGGCGUAACCGACGAUCCCGACGCCCGCUCAAUCGCGCGCGACCUCCGCGCCGUCCCCGGGUUCCUCGCCAGGUACGUCGUGUCUGUGUUCCGGGGCAACUCUCUCUGCACCGCGGGCCUGGUCUGGACCGGCCCCAAGGUUGCCUGGCGCCUCGUGGCCACCUGCCUCGGCGCCUUCCUCCACCUCGUCGGCUACACCACCCUCUUCGGUGCCGCCGCCUGGAUCACGCGCCCUUACCUCCUCACCGCUGCUCCGGGUGAAGAGAGCAGCGCGCAGCUGUCGCGGGCGAUGCUGCUGCUGAUCGGCGCCGGGUACCUCGCCGGAGCGGCGGCGGCGCGCAUCGGCACGGUGUGGCGCGUCGCAUGCGUAAUGUCGGUGCUGGUCGUACAGCUUGCUUUGGGGGUGUUGGUGGUGGACAACAGGAUGGGCCUCGGCGUCUUGCACCGGGUGGCCGCGGGGGUGGUGAUGGCGGUGGCGCUGUGGGCGGCGGUGAUGGCGGGCCUGGUGGCGCAGGUGGUGGUGUUCUUCGUGUGCAAGGGCAGCAGUGACGGAGCGGGAGCGCCCAGCAACCGCGAGAGCUUCGACGGCGUGGCGGCGAACAGCGACUAA